CGUGAUCUCCUCAACAUGAUCAGCGGGCUUCGCUCGGAAGGCUUCAGUCAUUACGGCGACCUACCCCAGAUCAUUGUUUGUGGCGACCAAUCCUCAGGCAAGAGCUCGGUCCUCGAGGCAAUAUCUAGGUUUUCAUCUCCUCGGAAGGAUAAUAAUCUGUGUACGAGGUUCGCAACAGAGGUCAUCUUACAACGGGGUCCUUCCGAGUAUGCUAACGUCUCGAUCACU